AUGCGCCUAGGCCUAGCUGCUACUGCGGCUGCGCCCCGAUUCAAACAGUGCAUGGACGCGGCCAUCGCGAUGCACUUGUUGCACGCAUUCUUUCAAAACUUGUUGUUGCUUCACUCUGCGGUACCUCCACGGGUUGUUUGGAGAGCGGCGAAAAAGCAGCCUUUUUGCCAAGAGGCUGCGAAUUCGCGGCUUCUCCAUCUGACCAGACGCUGCGAAUAUGCGGCCUACUCGCUGCCCACUCCUGAUGCAAACCACAAACAUUGGUUCAAUGCCUCCGUAUUUGGAUUUGGUCCACAAUGUCUACUGCAAUGCUUAAGUUUUGAAGCGGUCACGGCGGGCUAUACUAUGAGGCUGCAUAUACCAGGCUUUUUCAACCCGACUUCCUCACUCUGCAUGUCACCUAGUAACUCUUACAUAUGCUGGUUCAAUACUUGUCACUGGUUUGCCAUGCAUUACUUCAUUCGUCAGUCCAUCGAGAUUUUCACAAUCUGCUGGAUUGGUUCGCCUUUUGAAGUAGGCAGGAAUGCGGCGUCGAGGCCGCAAUGCGCGGCUGACUGGCUUUUGCAAAAUGCGGCGCGGCCCACUCCCGAUGCCAACCACAGCAACCGCGGCCUGGCUUCGUCAACAUGCAACGCCCUGGCUUCGUCAACAUGCAACGCGAUACAUACAACAACACGCCACGCCCGCAUCAGCUUUCCAGCUUCGAAAACCAUGCGACUUCUCCCACCCAUCAGCUUGCACAGUACUGCGAAGCGCGCUGCCAACACUCCGGCCGACGGCGAAGAUCUGAGCGAAAUCCUACAAAUUCAGCACUUGAAGGACUGCUGCAAAGAGCACAAAUGCACUAGAGACGCACUUGGCAGCUACUGCGAGACGUAUCAGCGCUUCACCGACAAAAGCGGCGUCUUUCCACUCGGGCGCAUCAAGGACCUGAUCCCGCCGGAGGUGCAGACGGAGCUUGAGUUUUGUGUAAACAGGAAGCUGAACGACCACAAGGCGAAACAACGGCUUCACGCGUGCAUCCAACCCCCAGACAGGCGCAAUCGCAAGGCAGAAGCCUGUUGGUGGCAGCUCGACUUCCUUGAUCUCAUCGGCUGGUUUGGCGGAGAUUUGAGCUGUCUAUCGCGUAAUUUCUGCGGGAAUCUGCGCGAGGCGGAAAGAUCUGGAUGCAAACGCGACACCUUCUUUCGGACACUGCUGGAGGUGCUGACCGAAAAGGAGGGCGUAGUUUCAUGUCCUUUUGCUGCGCGCUCGUGGGAACCCGCUGACCUGAAGACGGCGCUCGAGCGUUGUGGGCCGGAGAACUGCGAGGAAGAAGGAUCAACGCUCACAGAAGCCAACGAGGGCGCCACCAGCAAAGCAGAGCCAACUGUCGAAGGCGAUGACGACGGGUACGACUCGAAUUACGCCAGCGACGACAACUUGAACGCAUCAGCACCAGGCCUCAAGGAGAAGAGAAAGACGAACGCUAGAAGAGAAGCGCUGUCGGUGAUCGAAGAAGAGGAAGACGAGGAGGCAGAGGACGAGGCAGAGGACGAGAAAGAGGACAACGAGGAGGAGGACAACGGCGAGGAUUGUGACGCCAGCGAGAACGGCAGCACUGAGCUACCCGUCGAGCAGGCUCGUGGAGCCUCCGCCUCUCCACUGCGUGACGAUACCUGGUACGGCGCCCACGACGAGGCUGACGGCGCGUCCUUUGGCGACGACGACGAAGGUACCGAGCACGGAUUUUCUGGCCUGAACGAUUCAUACGGCGCGAUUUACGACUACGACGACAAAAGCGACCACAGGCGUCUUGAAGGCCAUCUGAAGGAUCCCCAGCCGCGAACUCCUCCACGCCAGGUCAGCCGCAGCCUCACCGCGGGCAAAGGCACGAAACGCACCUUUGUCGACUUCUCUUCUUCCUCUCCCGCAAAAGUGCCUGUCAAGCGAAGUAAGACUGCUGCCACUGCCGAUUCUGCCCCGCUUAACUUGCUCCUCCCUGCCGACAAGUCUCCAAUACCCGCAGCCCUACGUAAGGCGACGAUCAAAGCUUCUCCACCUCCACCUUCCGCUUCUACAUCGCAGCGGCAGCCUGUCGUCCCAGCUUCUCCACAUACACCUCCCGCUUCCACAUCACAGCGGCGGGCCAUCGUCGCAAUUUCUUCAUCGCCGCUGCGGGCUCUGCCUUCUCCUGAGCGCGACCAACCUCACCACGGCCUCCAAGUUUCGACUGCAGAAAACACCACAAUGGCGCAAGGCGGCGGCGGCGCAUCCUCGUCUGGUGCGCGACCACCUCCAGCCCCACAGCACCCGCAGCACCCACAACCGCCAGCACCCACCCCUGCUCCUGCUCCUCCUACCGCGAACUUCAGAUGCGCGCCAAAGCCCGCCGACUCGGUGCCAACAGCUUUGGACACCCUGCAGGCUGGUCGGCUUGUCACUAGCGCCGCUCUAGAUCUUGUCCUCCAAGUGUUUAUGCCGACGGCCUUCCAUGUUGCAGAUGCCUCCGCUGCGCAGCAGAGCAAUACUGCCCACUACCGUCCUCUGCAGUAUCAAGCCGCCGAUCAACUCCCGCCCAUCGUCCUGCCAAUCUACACACCAGAUCACUGGGUGAUCGCACUGAUCGACCCAUCUCACAGGACUUGCUGUAUGCUGGACUCUUGGACGACAAAUCUCUUCCACGAGCGGACCGAGACUCUCGCAAUGAACUUUUGCAACCGCCUGCCAGGUGGCAGUAAUGGCUACACCAUACGGAGGCCCAACGAUUUUCCCAAGCAGAGAGACAACGUCAGUUGUGCAAUUAUGGCAAUGCUCGACGUUCUGCUGCGAACCACAAAUCUCUCUGUCCCUCCCAAUGCACGCCUUCUCGAUCAGGACACAAUUCGGUACCUUUUCCGUGUGGCCAUUCAUGCCGCAUAUCCCGAAGCUGGUCUUCCCACCCAGCACGAUCUGCCUGCUCUCGCACCUCCAGACGAAACGCAGGUGCAAGCUUGCCAGCAGUACCUCGAAAACCUCCGCGCUCGCCAGGCGACUGCCCAGUUGCUGGAGCUCGUUGCCCAAUGCAACCUCAGCAGUAGCGAUCCUUCCCCAAACCUCGCCCACCAAGAACAAGCGCUGGAGUCCUUUCAGAGUUUGAUCGCGCUCGGUCAACAAGACGCGCACAUUCGAGCUCGUCUUCCUCCAGACCUCGCCGCAUACCAAUGUCGCAUAAGGAAUGAGAUGACCUUGCAGAGAAUGAGAUUCCAGGCGAUGGAUCAAGUUGUACUACAGGCGAGACGGAUCAGAGCUGAGAGUAUGCCGGAGCUCAGUCGAAUGAUAGGUCUUGUGGGGUUUUGA